UAAUUUUUUACCGCCAUAUCCGCCAUACUAAUACGCUAUAUCCCUGUGGCGGUUUUUAGGCAAAUCGCCAUAAGCCGCCAUACGAGAUUGAUAACAUUGAUUGGGCCACAUUAUUUCACAAUCUGUGUUACAUUAAUCAUUCAGGUCGCCUCAGUUCCUACCAGCAAGUAAAAUUUUGAAUAAAUAUGGCUAGUUUUAGCAUUGGGGAUUGGGUGGAAAAACAUCUAGUGUCUACUUAGUUGAUGGAAUCCUCAUUAGUUGAGAUUUUUCCUUGGAAUGCAAAGACACACUCCGUCUACUGCAGACGAACAAAUGAGACGGCUGCUCUUACAGUUAUCUAAAAUAUGCUACAUACUGUUCCACUCUGGACCUACACUAUUUGGCCAUGUCACGAACAAGGCUGCAGAUAUCGCUGGCCACUCUCUUUCUUUUAAACAAUCCAAGUUUUAUUCUCUCUUAUGCUUAUAUUUAUAACACAGAUGUUUUUUAUGUUCUUGUAAGUAACAAAGCUUUAAAGUGUAGGACUUGCGGUGUGGUCUCUGAUCUUCAAGAAACCAGAAAUUCUGUGAUGAAGGCAUCUGACUUACCCCUCUCAAUCCUCAUCAUUGGAGUUGGAAAUGCAGAUUUCAAAGUAACGGAGAAAAUGGCUGAAGAAGGUAGUCGUCGCGUUGCUCUGAAUGAGAGGAUUCUUUCUUCUAUGUCAAGGAGAUCUGUUGCUGCUCAUCCUUGGCAUGACUUGGAAAUUGGGCCGGGAGCACCUGCAGUAUUCAAUUGUGUGAUUGAAAUUGGAAAAGGCAGCAAAGUAAAAUAUGAGCUUGACAAAACCAGUGGCCUUAUCAAAGUGGAUAGAGUUCUUUACUCCUCCGUUGUAUACCCACACAACUAUGGUUUUGUCCCACGAACCCUCUGCGAAGACAACGACCCCAUCGACGUUUUGGUGCUGAUGCAGGAACCUGUUCUUCCGGGUACUUACCUCCGUGCUCGUGCCAUUGGCUUGAUGCCCAUGAUAGAUCAGGGCGAGAGGGACGACAAAAUCAUUGCAGUAUGCGCUGACGACCCUGAGUUCCGCCACUAUCAAGACAUAAACGAGCUCCCUCCUCACCGUCUAGCUGAAAUUCGCCGCUUCUUUGAGGACUAUAAGAAAAAUGAGAACAAGUCAGUUGCCGUGAAAGAGUUCCUCCCUGCUGAAACAGCAAUUGAUGCUAUCAAAUACUCAAUGGAUCUUUAUGCCUCAUACAUCGUCGAGAACUUGAGGCAGUAAUCGCGGAAUCAAUUGAAAGCAGCGAUAACUUAAGCUGAUGGCCUUUAAAUAAACUCAUCACACAACACUUUUCUAAUUUUUUUAUCGUGUAAUGUUGUUAUCGUGUUCUGUAUAAGUCCGCCGUGACAGGAACUUUUGCUUGAACAAUUUGUAUUCGACCCUUUUGUAAUAUUCUGUUUUAACUGAUAAAUUAACGAGAUGAAGUCCCUCAACUAAA